AUGGCCAAGAAGACAGUCCUCAUCACCGGGUGUAGCGAUGGCAGCAUUGGAUCAACACUAGCAAAGCAAUUCGUUACAAAAGGCUAUCAUGUUUUCGCAACUCUUCGAAACACGAGUAAAGCCGCCUCGCUCGCAGGUAUGAACGACAUCGAAGUCUUGGAGCUCGAGGUUACUUCUCGUGAUUCUAUUACCGCUUGUAUUGCUGAGGUUCACAAACGCAACUACGGCGCCCUCGACAUCUUGAUCAACAGCGCCGGCGCAGAUUUCGUAUGCCCAUUUCUCGACGUCGAUAUCGAUGAAGCUAAACGUCUUUACGACGUCAACGUGUGGAGCAUUAUGCUUGUGACGCAAGCCUUCGCCCCUUUGUUGAUAAAAGCACAAGGUUGCGUGGCCAAUCUCGGUUCUAUCGCCGGUGAAAUGCCGUUAUGUUGGUCCAGCGUCUACGUCAGCUCCAAAGCAGCCGCUAAGCAAAUGUCGGAAGUUAUGCGCACUGAGCUAGCACCUCUAGGUGUGCGCGUCAUCACGGCCAUCGUGGGUGCUGUGAAUACGCCUAUUCACCAGCGUGCUGGGGAACUGGACUUGCCUGUGGGCUCGUAUUACACGAACAUACGCAGCCAGGUCAACGAAGUUAGGAAAGGCACGCACAAGCCCGGCGCGGUUGAGACCGAUGUCGUAGCCCGUGAACUGAUCGACGACAUAAUAGGUGGCAAAAAUGGCGUCACCUGGCGUGGCGGUACGGCAACUGUUGUGAAAUAUCUUAGUUGGUUGUUGCCGAGAGGUUUGUGGGAGUCGGUGGUGAACAAGGGGAGAGGUCUCGAGGAAGUGGUUAAGCAAGAUGGCAAGGGGGAAAAUCUAUAA